UUUUUUUGUGGAUGAUUCAUGUUAUGAUUGUAAUAAGAAAUUUUAAUUCGUAUUCAUUUUUUGCCUGUGCUGUAACAUUUUUUACAUUUUUUAUACAUGAUUUCGUGUAAGUGUUCUAUCAUUCAGUGUUCGCGUCUGCUGUUUAACGAUAUCAUUACGGAAUAUUUCUACGCACUAGUCAACUAGUAACUCUUGACGCUCUGGUUCUGGUCAAAAUUAUACUGUCGAUGUACAAUACCUGAUGAUUUUUCCAUAGAUGUCACUAUAAGACACUACUCGUGAACCGUAAUUGUCUUACCCUGGACGUCUACAAACACUAUGGCUAAAGAAUAUGAUCAUCUGUUUAAGCUGUUAAUCAUCGGAGACAGUGGUGUUGGCAAAAGUUCAUUGCUUGUUCGUUUUGCCGAUAACACAUUCUCUGGUAGUUAUAUAACGACCAUAGGCGUCGACUUCAAAAUCCGAACAGUAAUAGUUGAUGGAGAAAAAGUGAAAUUACAGAUUUGGGAUACUGCUGGUCAAGAAAGAUUUAGAACAAUUACAUCAACUUAUUACAGAGGUACACAUGGUGUUAUAGUUGUAUACGAUGUUAGCAAUGGAGAUUCAUUUGCAAAUGUCAAACGAUGGUUACAUGAGAUCGACCAAAAUUGUGAAGUUGUAAAUAGGAUAUUAGUUGGAAAUAAAAACGAUGCUCCAGAUCGAAAAGUAGUGUUGACAGAAGAUGCUCAAAGAUUUGCUGAUCAAAUGGGCAUCCAAUUAUAUGAAACAAGCGCCAAAGACAACAUAAAUGUUGAACAGAUGUUCAUGUCGAUUACUAAACAAGUACUGCGUAAUAAAAAGGAAACUAAGGAACGGCAGGCUCAUCAAAACAAUGAUGUAGUGAAUUUAAGAAAAGGUCACUCAAAAGGAGCAAAAAGAAAAUGUUGUUAAAUCCAAUUGUUGGUGUAAGUGUUUUCAAUUUUAAGCUAUAAUUAUUAUUUUUUUUCUCUUCAAUUUUUGUUACCACAUACACAUUAUUAUAUUAUGU